GAUUUGGCGCGAUAUCCAAAUAAGUUUCAAACCUGUAGAUUCAAACAGCUAGUGGGCGGCGGAGGAAGCAGACCACACUUUAGUCUUCAGAGGUCGUCAUCGUGGAUAAAGGGACCGCAGUCGGCCCAGGGAUGUCGUGGGACUUUUUUGUGCCCGUUUCCGUGGGAGACCUGGUGAAGACCGGGGGGAUCAACCAGUACGUCGUUCAGGACGUGGUGCCCCCCAAACAGCUGGCACCGUAUCUCAGCAAGUUUAAGGCUGCUUUGAGAAGCCAGGGGCCUACGUGUAUAUUGGAACACUUUGACACGGGAUACAGCGUGCUAAAGCAAUGUAACUUGGUGGACCUCGGUGUGAAGGAGGAUACCUUUGAGUUACUCAUACAAGUGGUCAGUGGCUUGGCGGCUUCCUUGCCUGCGCUCCUGCUUUCCACCUCAGUCUCAGCUGAAGAGCGCAAAGAGAAGCUUAAUGCGGUUAAGAUGAGUGUCUACCUGCUCUGCAAACUCACAGAGACCUUCGAGAGCGACUCCAAUAGACAGAGUAUUGUCACUGCCCCGGGGAAGUGUGGUAAAAAAGGCAAAGGUGGCGUAGAGGGAAUGCUACAAUGGGACAGUGAGCGAGAGAGAGUUCUGCAGGCCCUCAUCCAGCUCCUCCAGCUGGAUAUUCGUUCUCUCUGGAGUCUCUCACUGGUCGAGGAAGAGUUCACAAAUUGUGUGACCUGCUGUUGCUAUAAACUCCUUGAGAACCCAACCAUCAGCCAUGUCAAGAGCAAACCCACCAGAGAUGGUAUAAUCCACCUACUUGGAGUGCUAAUCAAGAAGUACAACCACCUUCUCGGUGCAAGUGUAAAGGUCAUCCAGUUGCUGCAGCACUUUGAGCAGUUGUCAUCCGUGUUUGCCCAGGCGGUUUCUGUGUGGAGCACAGAGUACGGGCUCAGGGCGAUCAUAGGAGAAGUAAUCCGGGAGAUCGGCCAGAGGUCAAGUGAGGAGCUUGCUAGAGAGGCGUCAGGGGUCAAAGCCUUUUCUUCCUUCAUUGCAGAACUCGGUUCCCUGGUGCCUGAGUUAAUGAUCCCCAAUAUUAGUGUGCUUAUCACACACUUGGAAGGAGAGAGCCACACCAUGCGUGUCGCUGUGUGUGAGGUGCUGGGGGAGAUCCUUGUGCGGGUCUUGUGUGGCGACAAGCUGGACGAGUCUGGCAAAGCUGACCGCGACCGCUUCUUUGACACACUGCAGGAACAUCUGCAUGACACACAUUCUCAUGUGAGGGCACGUGUGUUACAGGUCUACACACGCAUCGUCAACAGCAAAGCACUGCCCCUGUGUAAGUACAGUGAGGUGAUGGAGCUCGCUGUGGGGAGACUGAUGGACAAAUCCAUAAAUGCUGUGAAGAGCGCCAUCCAGUUGUUGGCCGCAUUCAUUGCACGCAACCCCUAUAGCUGCAAGCUUAGCAGUGCAGAUCUCCAGAAACCACUGGAGAAAGAGACCGCUAAAUUGAGAGCCAUGAAAGAGAGACUGGAUGGGAAAGCACCGGUGGCGACAAUUAAAGCCUCAGAGCUGUGGGCCGCCAUGGAGCCAGAACUGCUCGUCACUGUCGGGGCAGAGCUGGAGCCGACAAGUGACGCAGAGAAGGAGGAUGACGACGGGGAUGUGGAGGAAAUCAAGGAGGCAGAGGACGAAAGAGCGACUGCAGUGAAGGUUGCUCAGUUCCUCCGUGUCAACAAAUACAGGAACGCUGUCCGUCUUUGCAUAAGGGCACACGGCUGCUUCCCUCAAUCUGAAAUGUUUGCGGCCCUCUCCACUCUCACUCCUGAGACUCUUAUGGGCACCCUGGCUCUCAUAUUCAAGGGCUCCGAAGAGGACAACGCUGAGCUCAGUCAGAACAUGCCGCCGACACCACAGAAGGAUGCAGAGGAGGAGGAGGAUAGGGAGCUGAUGAAGCAAGCGAUGUUAGUGCAGUACCUGAAAGACACAGAAACCUUUGCCUUACAAGUGGAGCGGGCAAUCUCUGUCAUUAACACCAUGCUCUACUGGAAGACCACUUCAGUGGUCCAGGAGGCUGUGCAGUUUUGUGUGACUGUGUGCGAGUUCAGCGUUGCCAACUCCAUCAGUGGGGUGAGGAAGAUGUUGCCUCUGGUCUGGUCAACAGACGCUGCCAUUAAAGAUGCGGUCGUUCAGGCCUACAGGCGCCUGUACCUGAACCCUCAAGGAGACACCAUCAGGGUGAAAGCCCACACUCUUGUUGACAGUCUCUCCGAGCUGAUGGUGGAUGCAUCUCUGGGAACAAUCCAGUGUCUUGAGGAAAUAGUCCAGGAGUUCUUUGGCAGUGGAAGCCACCUCCAGUCUACUGUAGUGCAGGUCUUGUGGGAAAGGUUUACCGGCAAACGAGAAACGUCCGCCUUACACCGGCGAGCUGCGGUGUUGCUGCUGGGUAUGGCUGCACGGGCCGAGAGGGAGGUGGUCCUCAGUAAUCUGGAUACUCUUUGUUCCGUGGCUCUGGGAGAAAAAGUGACUGAAGACUUUCUUUUGGCCAGAGACGCCGUUCUGACCAUCAGCAGCAUCACUGACCAUGUCAGGCAAUCAAAAGGGGCUCCAUUCCGACUGCCACAGGACCAUCAGCUCUUCACCUGCCUCACACAGGCCAUCGCUGAAGGUGUGGUGAUGGAAGACCCUUACUGGCAGACCUUCAUGCAACAGGCCGUCCGUCUCAUCUACUUCCUGGCUGAAUCCCCGGACCAGCUGUGCUCGCGGCUGCUCCAGCGCGGCGCGCGCCUCUUACUAGAUCAGAUUGCGGAAGGCUCCGAACUCAACAAGGACGUCGGCCAAUUGCAAGACGAAUCCAAAGAGUCCAGCGAGCAAGUGAACUGCGUGUGCCUGGCCCAGUUGUUGGCUCUGUGUGGCUGCGUGGCCUUUUGGCAGGUAUCUCACCUCGAACGCAGCGUUAGCGCUGAGCUGCGGCGGAGGAGGGGAGAGACUGAGGAGAGGGAGGAGAAGGAGAAGGCUCCAUCCAGCAAAGCUAAGCAAACCGCCAGUGAGAGUGCUAUGGAGGAGGAGCUGGGGCUGAUGGGCGCCUCUGCUGAAGACACGGAAGCUGAACUCAUUAGAAAGAUCUGCGAGACCGAAUUACUCGCUGAGGAGAACCUGCUGGGUGCCUUCCUUCCCCUGCUGGUGAGAGUCUGCAGCUCCCCGGGGCGCUACUCCCACCCACAGCUCACCACCGCUGCUUGUCUGGCUCUUUCUCAGUACAUGAUGAUAAGCCCAUCGGUGUGUGAGGAAAACAUCCGGCUCAUGUUUACCGUGCUGGAGCGCUCCCCCCUCCCCGUGGUCAGGGCAAAUGCCAUAAUAGCCCUGGGAGAUCUCACCGUUCGGUUUCCAAACAUUUUGGAGCCCUGGACUCAGAAUCUCUAUGCCAGGCUCAGUGACGAGGUUCCUUCGGUGAGGCAGACUGCUGUGACUGUUCUUACCCAGCUGGUGCUCAAGGAUGUGCUCAAGGUCAAAGGUCAAGUCAGCGAAGUCGCUGUGCUGCUAAUUGACCCGGAGUGUCACAUCACCAGCCUGGCCCUGAACUUCUUCAACGAGCUGGCCUCCAAGGACAAUGCCAUCUACAACCUGCUCCCAGACAUCAUCAGCCGCCUGUCUGACCCGGAGAGAGGCAUGACCUCGGAGGACUUCAACACCAUCAUGAAACAGCUAUUCUCUUACAUCACCAAGGAAAGGCAGACAGAGUCUCUAGUAGAGAAACUGUGUCAGCGCUUCAGGACCGCCAAGACGGAGCGUCAGUGGUGUGACUUGGCCAUGUCGCUGUCUCUGCUGUCCAUGUGUGAGCGGGGUUUUAAGAGGCUGCAGGAAUGCUGGGAGUGUUACAGCGACAAGUUGACCGAGCCUGGCGUCUACCAGCCUCUGCUCGCCAUCACCGCCAAACUGCGCCGUGGGGCCAAAGCCCAGUUUAAGGCCCAGGUGGAUGAGUUUGAGAAGCUUCUGACUGCGGUUCACACGCGGGGGCUGGAGAAUGUGGAGAGUCCUGAGAUGGAUGAGGAAAACCCAAAAGAAGGAUCCUCUGAAAGGACAGUGACUCGUACGCCUCUGCCCGCCAGAGGCCGAGCGAGGUCGAAGAGAGGUCAAGCAAAGCCGUCAACCUCUGGCUACGCCAACGACAGUUUUGUGACGCCUCAGAAAUCUCGCAAGCCCAAAAAGCCUCUGAUUACUUUCAGCAGUGAGGAGGAGGAGGAGGAGGAGGACGACGAAGAGGAUGCUGUGAUGGCAGAGAGUGAGACUCCUAAAGUGACGACCCCCAUCGCCCGCACGUCUCGACGAGCUCGCCUCAGAAACUGAUCCUUCCUCUUGUUUUUAUUUCUGUCUUUCCCUUUUUAGAAAUUGUUUUGCAUUUUUACUGUUUUCACGCAUUGGUUUUAAUUCUUUGUAUAUUGUAUUUUAAGAUAUUUGUACCGAUCUAAAGUAGCUUGACGACUCAUCUUAUGUAUAAUCAAGAAGUAUUUUAAUAAACCCGUUUCUGGUUUUGAUAAGAA